AUGAAUAUUAUAUCAGGAUUCCCAGGAGUCGAGUACCUGGUCAAAAGGACCAAAACGUUUCUGUGUCAUGUGCUGAGGACAGGACCAGUGCCCGGUCAUGUGGCUAUAGUCAUGGAUGGCAAUAGACGGUUUGCCAAAAAACGGCAUCAGGAGACAUGGGAAGGACACAACGCCGGUUUUGAGACGCUGGCGAGUGUGCUGGAGUUCUGUUAUGAGCUGGGUGUACAGGCAGUUACGGUAUUUGCAUUUUCCAUUGAGAACUUUAAAAGACCAGCAUAUGAGGUCGAUGCAUUAAUGAAAAUCGUCAAGGACAAACUGAUCCAGGUGUGUGAGAAUGGUGACCUUGCCGACCAGUACGGACUACGAAUUAGAGUCAUUGGCAACCGGUCGUUACUACCGCCAGAUGUCAUUGAAGUGGCUGAAAAGGCUGAAAAGCUGACUCGAAACAAUACUAAAGCAGUUCUUAACAUCUGUUUUCCAUAUACUUCACGAGACGACGUGACGAAUUCUAUACGACGGAUAGUCACAAGGGCUGAGAAAGGAUUAAUUGAUCCCGACUCGAUAGACGAAGACACCAUUGCAUCAAACAUGUACACAGGCAGCUGUCCUCCCUUGGACAUACUAAUACGAACCAGCGGAGUCGAGCGGUUCAGCGACUUCAUGCUGUGGGAGUCGCAGCAUUACACCAUGAUCGAGUUUGUCAACAUCCUGUGGCCCGAUUUCAACUGCUGGCACAUGUUCAAAGCCAUUCUCAAAUGGGGGCUCCAAAAGGGCAAUGGCCGAUACAACGAGAACCUGCUCGCCAACGACGACUCCGACUACAACCUCACAGGCGACGACACCCUCGACUACGACUCGCCCUCAACCACCUUCGUCGGCGACAAAGACACCUCCACCGACUAUUAUGACAACGACAGCGAGGAAACCGUAGUAGAAUAG